AUGGGUUCUCACCCACUACUACAACCCCUGCGACCACGCAGAAAUCCAAAGCUACAAUGCGCGCCGCUGGAUCUACAAAUGAGCCUAAAGCGGCGAUUGUCUAAAGCACGCCAUGAGCUGAUGACAGUGCGCGGGAGCGCCUCAAGUCCGAUCGUCGAGAACGAUCCCCAAGAACUCAUCAUGUCAGGGCAGAUCGCAGAACUUGACGGGCAAUCGGUUCCAUCUCUAGAACCCUGCAUGCCACCCGGCACUAAGGAAUCUAAAGAAAGCCACUGCCAAUCACAAGAACAAGACCACAAAGAAGAGGAGGUGCCACUCGGGGAGAUCGGGGACAGUUGCUGUGCCUCCCCGGAAUCAAGUAUCAUUGACCUGGAUGCGCUCGACUUCAGCGAUUCUGAAAUUUCCUCAUUGUCAACCCGAAAUUCUCUAAGAUCAGCAUCCCGUCUAGCCCGUUUCUUUCCAGAGCUUUCAUCGCACUUCUCCGUUGUCUCCCCGGUCGGCGCAGAUCGAAAUAUGGAGCAGUUGGGCCCAUCGCUCUUCGAGCGCGAGCUGGAGGAACGUGUGCUGAUCCUGUAUCGCUACUCCGCCGAUGUGGAUCCUGAGCAUCAGCAGUCGAUAUCUCAAUCGUUGGGAUCGGAUGGGUAUGACGGUGGUUCUUCGUGCUAUAGCCGUCGCACUUCCAUCACCACUCUGGGAACGGAAUUCUGGGGCGACGAUGGUAGAUACCCGCACAAAUCUCCCGAUGCAUAUUCGAUCCAUUCGCCGGUGGUCGCGGGUGUCUUUGAUGAUAUCGCUCUCUCCCGACGCUCCUCCACCGUUCCGCCGUAUACCCUGCACAUGUCCUCGCAUGAAGGACCCGCUAAGCAGGUGUCCAUGACCGACCUGAAGAACAAACCCCUACCCCUCGAGCCAGCGCAAAGUGAUGACUUGGCGAGUCAUCGCUGGAGUGACUCCUCUCGCUCAUCAGGGUCGCCGCCUCUCCGGCCCCAUGUGCCAACAUCCCAGAGAGACCUCGUGGUUUCGCCGCUGCACCCUACAUCCCCGGUCGGCCGUAAGGAAUGGAAGUCAACAAAUGUCCACAAGGUGAGAACGCACCGCCAAACUGGACAUGUGUGGUUUGGCUCCGAAUAUAAUGAGAUCCCGUCACAUUAUCGCAGGGGUCCGCAGGGGGAGAACGAGCUGCAAGUCCAUAGCCCAGGCCCUGGCCUCACCCCAACAUUGUCACAGGCAACGAAAGACCUCGAGGGAACGCUUGCGGGCCUAAGUAAAGAUCAGUCGCACAAGAGCCCUUUGGAGGGACCAGCCCAGGUCAGUCGCGGCAAGGGAGACUGGAUCUCGACCCGCCAGGCGCCUCUCCCGCCGCAGGGCCGGCCCGAUAUCCAUCUCACGCCCAAGAAGCCGAAAGAACCGAGCGGUCGCUCAAAGUCAAGACCCAGUCCAACCAAGGGAUCAAAUCGUAGAGAUCACUCAGACUUGGAAAGAACGCCCAGGGCAACAGAGACAAGGGAAGAAAGAUCCCAUUCUAGCCCCAGCCGAAGCAGCGCCAAUGACGACAAGAAAGACAAGAAGAAGAAAUCUUUUCUGGCGCCAUUUCGUAAACAAAGCCAAGGCCGCAUUAGCGCCCGGUCGGAAUCGCAACCCCACAUGACAAACACGCAGGUUUCAGACCAACUCCAAUUACCCCGUCUGCAAACGGAGGACCUGGCAACCGCCGCACUGCUCGAGCGUGUCGUGGAACACUUUCUGUCCGGUAGCCCCGGCGGCCCGAAGCCUGCGGGUCAAUCCGACGCGCACAAAGCCGAGGUGCGGAACAAGAUGCGCCAGAGCUGGGCGCUGGUCUCCACUGCGCAGGCUAGCAGCCUGAAGAUGACAGAUCAAAUUCAUGAAUUGCCUGCAGAACCACAUUGUCCAUCGCCGGUGAUAUCGCGAUCGGAAAUUCCCAGUCAUGCGGGCGCGCCCGGCCUACCACCGGAUAUGCCGCUGGAUUUGAUCCUGUCGACUAUGGAGAAGAUUGACUCGCUCGAUGACCUGUUUAAUUUCGCGCUCGUCAACCGAAAGACUUAUCGCGCGUUCAAAUGUCGUGAAUUGCCACUCAUUAAGAAUGCUCUGUUCAAAAUGUCUCCGCCGGCAUGGGAACUGCGGGAGAUGAGUCCCCCGUGGGAAAUGGAGUGGCAGCCACUUAUCGAUCCGGAUUCGCAGGUGCCUGAAUACACGCCCACAUUAUAUCUGCAGAGAUACGCGCAAGAUAUCUAUACGCUGGCGAAACUCAAGGCCCUUGUUCUUGCGCGCUGUUCCCCUUUUCUUCGCCACGAGACGGUCCGCGGUCUGGCAGGUGUCGAUGACCAGCGCGCCGAAGAAGUCGACGAUGCAUUCUGGCGUAUUUGGACUUUUUGCCGUAUCUUUGGCAGUGGGAAAAGUCGUGAAAAUGAUCUCGCAGGCCAGAUGGAUUGGCUUAGAGGGGGAUGCGAGGCAAAGAAGUACUCUACCUCGUCUUCCACCAUGACCCAACCAUUCGGCAUUAACAAUGUGCUCUUUGAGCCACCUACGGGUUUCGGUCGUGGAAAUCUCUCCGGUCUCUCGCAAAGACAAAUGUACGACAUGACCGAGAUCUGGACGUGCAUGGGUGUUUUGCUGCAGCCCAUGCACGGCAAAUGUAUAGAAGCCCGCAAGGUCGGAAUUUUCGAUAACAUGGAUGUCCCAGAUAACGACAAAGUGCGCGAAGAAGUCGUUCUUGAGGAAUGGACCUCUUACAUCUUGACGCUAGGUCUUGGCGCGGUACUGGCACUCAGCUCUGUCUGCCAGUCGGACACCACAUUUGCCAAGUUCUCCGUAGCCCAGUCAAUAGGGCUGACAAAAUGGGAAACGCUCGAGACAGAAACUAGUCGGUCAUCAUUUCUUAAGGAGGCGAUCUCUCGCGCCUACGAAAUCCAGGAACGCGACUCCAGUCCCGCGAAGCCCCCAACUUCUCACUACUUGAGUCCUGCGCGCCAGAGUCGAGAACGACAAACCGCCUUUGCGAAAGAACUCCGCAAUCGCCGUGCCCGUGGCCUCGAAGAACCAGAAGGUAGAUUUUCAUUCUCCACUGAGCGACCGAUGUCCAAAUACAGCGCCAUCCUCCGGAACUUGGAUGGGACGGAUGAGCCAGUACCCCCUGUUCCAACAUUGGUGCUUGGCCAUUCUUCGGAAUCCGUUGAGAUUCCAGAGCCACAAACGCCUGUCGAGUCAUCUACGGAGCCCAGCUUUGCGUGUUCGCGAACGCCGCCUCCGCACAUCCCUCUACCGGCUUCUUUGCCUGUUCGCAUCCCACCUCCUCGUCCCCAGGUUCUUGAUCCAGUUGAUCGAGCUAUUGAUAUGAUUGUCAAUGACCUGGGUUUCGCUACCGAAGAUGCGAAGUGGGCAUUGAAAAUAACGGAUACCGGUGAAGGCAUCGAUGCCGAUGCCGCUGUACAGCUACUGAAGAAGCAGAAAAAGAAAAACGAGCGCAAUCCGUUCGGUAAGAGGGAUAGUCUACUGUCGUCUGUUAUAAAGCGACAGAAAUCCCAUGAUUCCGGGUGGCGGUGGGCUUGA